UCCGUGCGUCCAUCGGUCCCAAUCCUUCCAUCAGCAAUCCGUCAAGUCUAUGGCGAUAUUUCAUUCGUUAUUUUUAAAGAUGGCAGCCCCCAUAAAGAUUCACAUUGUGUAAAUUGACAUUAAAAUGGGUAAAGUCAAGAGGCAAAGACAAAAGGCCCACAAUGCAGCUGUGAAAGUGAAACAGGCUACAUCCAAGGAGGAAAUAGACAUUGCAGAAGUGAAAGAUACCAAGCAUCUUCCACCUGGUCUGAGCCAUGCUGAAGUCAGGGCCAGUUUGUUUGAUGGGAUUGACAUGUCAAAGUACCACAUCACUACCAAAUUGCCAGACUUUGACGCCCGAAGCACACUGUCCUCCAAGUCUCUCAAGGGAUUGAACUUGAAGAAGAAAGAGAAGCAGAAACUGCGACAUGACUUGUGGAUACAGAAGCUAAGUGCCCUGGAUGCAGCUAAAAAGAAAGCGAAAGAGAAGGCCCGCAAGGCCCAGACCCCUGUGGUAGGGGACAUAGGCGCCCUCGCAGACGCCCUGCCCACCCUUGAUCUACUCCUCAAGAAGUCUACAGGACCAAAGACACAGGGGAAUGAUCCCAAGAAAAAGAAAGGAACCCAAAGUGAAUAUACCAGGAAAAAACAAAUGCUCGCAGACAUUUCUAUUUUCCAGCAAGUAUUGAAGGACCCGUCAUACAGAAAGAAUCCCACAGUGGCAAUAUCAGAACAUUUAUAUGAGAGACAGCGGAGAGAGGAGAUGGACACAUAGACAGUGCAUUGUGUACAUAGAGAUAUACCUUGUGUUAAAUUAAGAAAUUUUGAUUUUUGUUAAGUUCUUUAUCGGUUAAUUCACAACUUUGCGGAGUAAUGAUGUAAUGCAAUUAAACCAAGAAUGCAUAAAUGCUUAUGUUUAUCAUGAAAAACAUGAUUUAAUAAUAAUAAAAAAAAAUGUAGUGUUUUGAGCUCGGCUGUUUUUGGAGAAAACCCGAGGUAUUGUCAUUGCGAGCUCGUUGUCCACCAUCCGCCGUAGGUAGAUGCACCUUGAUGAGUUCUACACGCCACACCCAUUUUUGGGUCACUAGGUCAAAGGUCAAGGUCACUGUGACCUCUAAUAUAAAACUUUAACAAAGGCUCUAAAGUCAAAGUGCUUCCACCUAAAACUUUGAAACUUCAUAGAUGCACCUUGAUGAGUUCUACACGCCACACCCAUUUUUGGGUCACUUGGUCAAAGGUCAAGGUCACUGUGACCUCUAUUAUAAAACUUUAACAUAUGCUCUAAAAUCAAAGUGCUUCCACCUACAACAUUGAAACUUCAUAUGUAGAUGCACCUUGAUGAGUUCUACAUGUCACAUCCAUUUUUGGGUCACUAGGUCAAAGGUCAAGGUCACUGUGACCUAACAAAAAAAGCAACUGAUAUUCAGAAAAUUAUUUGUACAUGUUGAAUUAAAUAUGCCUUGAAAUUGAUAUAUUGAUUUUGCGGUAUAAAUUAAUAAAUGUUUAAAGAUGG